GUACAAUUACAUACAUUAUCUUUUUUUUUUUUUUGACAAUUGAAAUUACAUUAAUAAUAUUAAUAUUUACUCGAGAGACGAGGGAAAUGUCCAGUCUAGGACUCGAUCUGAGGAUCUGAGUGCAUAUGCCUGCUUCUCAUUCAAUGAAAAGCGCGACCGCCACUGCAGCCAGUGAAAGGCAACGUACAUUGUCUUAUAUUGGGUUAUAUUUCACUAUUUCUUGAUUUCUUGUCGUCUCUUUUUUUUUUUUUUUUGGGUAAGAGAUUUCUUGUCGUCUUACAGCACUUGUUUUUUAUAUUUUUAUUUGAUUGAAAAAGAAAGGCAGCCCUACCCUCACGCCGUUAACUACCUUACCCCCUUUCUUAUCAUAUAUGUCAUUUCUACCCUUCAUUGUCACUCACUCUUCACUCUAGUCUUAGCCCACUGCCAAACCCUAACAAAAUCACCACCUUUGUGUCCUCUAGAUCUCACCUCAUUCUGACCCACUUUCAGGCGAUGUGAUUUCACACCUGUCAUGGCCUCUGCUUGUGUCAACAACAUCGGCGUUUCGCCGGAGAGUACUUUCCCGGCCACUUCUUACUCGUCUUACGGGUGGUUGAGUCCUAGGCUUUCCUUCAGCCGUGAAGAUGAGUCCAAACCUAGACCCAAGUCUCAGCCUGAGACAUCAAAGGUGGAUCAGCAGGAUUCGUCGGAGAUCCAAGAUCCCGUCGGUGAUUUUGAGUUCCGGUUGGAAGAUCCUGUUACCAUGCUUCCUGCUGAUGAACUUUUUUCCGAUGGGAAGCUGGUGCCGCUGCAUUUCUCGUCUUCUGUGAAGACCCACCACCAGUUCAACGCUUUGACUGAGAUUAGGUCCCCAGAGACUGUUAAAUCUUGCCGGAGGAUGGAGAUGGUGAUUUCGAGUACCGAUCCCUACUUAUUCUCGCCCAAAGCUCCGCGGUGUUCAAGUAGGUGGAAGGAGAUUUUGGGUCUCAAAAAGUUUACCCAAAAUAGCAAUCACAAACCGGAAUCGCAGAGCAAGAACUCGUCGUCGACGAAUAACUCCUCCAAAUCUCUCAAGCAUUUUCUGCACCGGAGCUCCAAGUCUUCUUCCUCCUCAUCGUCCUCUUCAGACGCAUCGUUGAGCCUCCCUUUGUUGAAGGACUUAGACUGCGAGUCUGUCUCGGUAUCCUCUUCACGGUUGUCGCUGUCUUCUUCAUCUUCCGGGCACGAACACGAGGAUCUCCCCCGGCUCUCGCUUGACGCCGAGAAACCCUGCUUGAACCCAAGCCCGAACCCUUUUGCCCCGAGCAGGAGUUUGAACCCCAACCCACCAAGAAUGAGAAUGGUGAAGCCAAGGGCUGGCCCAGCGUCUGAUUCAAAUCAGACAGCAACCACGAGGGUGGGGCGGAGUCCGAUGCGGCGGGCGGAAUCAGGUGGGAUAUCGAGCAGGGGAGUAUCCGUGGACAGCCCAAGAAUGAAUUCUUCCGGGAAGAUCGUGUUCCAGAGCCUAGAAAGGAGUUCUAGUAGUCCAAGUAGCUUCAAUGGCGGACCCAGGUACAAGCACCGAGGCAUGGAGAGGUCCUACUCUGCCAACGUGAGAGUGACUCCCGUCCUCAACGUUCCGGUUUGUUCCCUCAGAGGGUCUUCAAAGUCUGGCUCCGUCUUCGGGUUUGGGCAACUUUUCUCUUCUUCCCCACAAAAGAGUGGAACCGGAGGAAUCAAAGGUCAUCAGAACAACGGCAGCAGCUCCAGCAGCAGGAACAGGACUGAUCGAACUUAACCAGUGUUAAUCAUUAGAGAAAUUAAUGACAACGAAAGUAACAUUUUUAACAUUUCCCUUGUGUUUUUUUUUUUUUUUUUUUCUGAGGUCUCUCUCAUUUUAUGGGUUUUUGCUUUCAGUUUUUGAUCUGAGAAACACCACUUGACAUUCUCAUAUUAUUCUUCCAUUCUCAACAGAUUUUAGAAUUUUAGAUGGAUGUAUAUAUAUCUGGGAAUCUCAUGUUUCUUCAGUUUCUGUUAAAUUUUUAACUUAGUUGUCUUGGUUGUUCUUUCCUUUUGCCCCAUAGCCCUGAAAGAUACGGAAUCUCAAUCCCUGUUUUUUCCUGUUGAUGAUGAUUGAUCCCCGCCUGCCUGCGUUUGAAGUGCACGCGCUUCCACCGCCGGUACCGGAGGGAUAGGGGAUUCACUCUUGCUCUCUCUGCGUCUAGCCAUGUUGAGCCUAGCUAAUGUGUUUCUUUCUAUGAAUAAAGAUGAAAUUAUCUA